AUGAGCCGACUAGCUAACCCUCCUGACCGAUUUGUCUGCCCCAUCUGCCUCUACGUUAAGGGUGCAAUGAAUACCGCAGCCAAGAGUGGAGCCACCGAAAACCGUGCCCAAUCCCCACUGAAGAUUCAGAAAGACCGAUGUCAGUGUUCCGCUCUGAUCGGGACACUCGACGCAAAAUUGGAGCGUCUUUCAAGGGCACUGGAUGACUCAGACACUAAGAAUGCAGCGACUUGGACGAAAGUUGACAAGGAACAUUCGCUGAACGAGUACCUCGCGAUAUCCACACCGGGCCCUCUGGCUGCAGAGAAGUUAAUACAACUCUCUGACGCGGCUAUAAAGACCGCCACAGCGUCUUUAGUGGACAGGCGCCUAAGGGAAAGCAGAUUGAUAAUCUGGGGGUCAUGCUCCGGAAAAACGACGCCAGCGAAGCUGGCACAAUCGAUCCUUAGCAAUGUCCUCACCAGGUCUAACCAAUCGCUCCGCGCAGAAUGGUUACGCCGGAAGGAAAGCAAGCGAACUCUUGGACUUCUUGUCACUCUUUCUUCCCCAUCCGACAAGGCCGACCCGAUGAUCAGGCGUCUAUGUCAGUAUCGCCCUCCAGAAGCGCGAAUGCUCGGUCACAGCAGGUCAGGGGUGGAGGCCCGGAAGAGGUUUCCGCUGGGCACCAAUUCAGCCGCCCCCAAACUCAUGACCAAGCCUAUUGUGGUCAUAUCCACUUGCACUCCCGAAAGCAGGUCGACGAAACCAGCUGCGUCUCCGGACAGCAGCUAUUAUUCGACCACCAUAGGCCUCUCGCCCACCAAAGGCAGUGAUGCCCUGGAGGAGGCAAACCUCACAUGCAAGCAGCACCCAAAACAACACAGUCACAGCCAUGCACUCCUCAACAAAGCCCCAGCCUCUGAACUGUACUGGGUCAGAUGUGCGGGGACAAGCAGCGAAGCCAAUCUCCAGCCCCGCCCCGUCAAAGCAGCCUCUCUGCUUGUGAACAUAACCGUCGCCCAGGGCCUCGACAAACUAAUCCAUAAACAUGACUACAGCCAUCCGGAAGAUCCCUCGUACAUCCGGUUAGCCACGCUGGUCGCCGGCGGAUCGGGUGUCUACACAAACACGAAAGAAGGGGGACGGCAGCCAAGCAAGCCACAUAAGAUUCGCCAGAUUAGAGAACUGCUGGCUGGCUUCAAGGUGCAGUCCUUUGCAAAAACGAGCCUCCUGGAAGCUCCAUCAAAAUCACUACUUCUUGGUGCCGCCACCCAGCGCCCAGGGCCUCACAGAGACACCUUUCCGGUCAAACCGCGCCAAACCGCCCAAGAAUCCAGGAAGGCGAAAGCUUGCUGCAAAUCUUUGAUCAACAGAGAAUCUAGUGGCCAAAAAAAGGAUCUUUCACGAGCUACAAACAGCAACGGUCGAAAUUUUCGCCUACGGAGAAAAACUCCUUCCCUCAGAGCCAUCAGGCCGGAGCAAAUUGGGCUCUCGCGGUACGAGGAAAACUUCGCAAGCAAAAAGUAUCCCCAGAAACCACGAAGUCAGAAAGCAGACGACAUCGCCCCAAAGGCCCCUUCAGAGCCUUGGACUCAAACCCGACGCACAAAUAUUAAGUCUGAUAACCACCAUGGUCACUUAACUUUCGGCUCCUUACUCUCGGAGACUCAAACCUGGUGCACAACUAUUAAGUCUCAUAACCACCCUGGUCACUCAACUUUCGGCUCCUCACCCUCGGAGGAAGAAGAGGCAGUGUUGAAAUGCUUGUACACAAACUGCCUCAGCCUUUUCAUCAAACUCGGCGAUGUUAGACAGUCAGCUUGCCUUGAAAAACCGUCCAUAAUCGCACUCACAGAGACCUGGCUCACACCAGAUGUCUCCGACGCGGAGAUCUCGAUAGACGGUUACUUCAUUUUUCGAGCUGACUCAAAACGAGGGAGGGCUGGUGGGGUUGCUCUGUACUUACAUGCGGCCCUACCAAUCCCGAUUGUCCUCGCUGACACCACCCCUGCACCCUUCUGCGAUGCACUGUGGGUCCAAAUCCCGCUGCGCGGGUCCGAUUCUCUCCUUCUCGGUGUGGUCUACCGUAGCCCUUCGAGUCCCCCUGAGGAUGACCAAUUCCUCACACAAACCCUCGGGCAACUCUCCUCCAACUACCAUUUCACUCAUCUCCUGCUGCACCAACAUGGUGAUGAAUUUUUCGGAGGUGGAAAUGAAAGUCAGGGAAGCAACGAGCGACGAACCUUGGGGACCCCAUGGUCAACUGAUGAUGCAGAUCGCGGACUACACUUUUACGCACAACACCUACUUGGAGGUUAUGUGUACUCUAUGGAGGAGGUUGUAUCCCGAAAAUUCGCGCAACUGGCGGCGUGUCUACAAGUGCGCAUCAAAGUUCAGGAAGUCAUCAAUCUCAUCCAGGAUUCUGAUAAAUUAAAAGUUGAACGUGCCAAAGCGAAGGGAAAUCGAAACCUGUAUAUCGGUUAUGGUGGGUCAAAUGGUUCCGGUUGGAGUAACUCUCAUUACCCGACGCGAAAUACCUUUGAUACCAAUUCGUAUAAUCGGCGUUGUGAUGAGAAUGACUUUGAUGACUAUGAGGAAGUCCAACCCAAGUAUUCUGAUCGUGUGGCUGACUUACCACCCACCACCCAGCCAACUCGAUUGGGUAAAUUCGAAGAUUGGCAAGUGGGCCGUGAACGUGGUGUGGUGGAUGACGUAGUCGAGCAAAUUAAAGAAGUGUGGGACACUGCGAAAAUGGUCACGAAGGAUUUAUUUAUUCGCAAGGAUUCUGAAACGCAUACUUAUGAGGACAAUCCACGAAUGGUCUCUGAAGAAAUGUACGAGUUCCCAUCAGCUGCUGUGGAUGCAGAUGGAAUCAUUGAGGGAGGAGGGACCAAUGGUCUACAAACCACGAUGGAGGAGAAUACCUGCCCACCUGUCGAUCUGAUUGGGUCUUGGGAAGAUGCUCGUGCAUCUAAUAUUCCCACAACUUCUGGGCCCGUUGACUUAUUGGGUCUCGGCUCUUCACCCGGUCCUACCUCCUGGCCAACCAAUAACAUCUCCAAUGUGACUGAUGCCUCUUGGCCUUCUAGUUCUUCUGGUCAAGCACCACGCCAUACUGACCACGUGGCCAACAGUCUCCUGGAUGCCGAUUUUGGUGAAUUCGUGACUGCCGGUAGUCCAAAACCUAAAGCCCAACCUGUACCCAGUUUUCCCGAUUUGGAGGGUUUCGACACUUUUUCUUCCUCUCUUGGGUCUCAAUCUGGUGCCUCUGGUUUACCAGCAACCACAACGGACAUGCUAUUCUCUCAUCAGUCCCACCAGCAGCCCUUUCAGUUCACUACGCAACCUCCUGGACCUAGCGACGGAUCAGGCGCAAGAAACAAUAAAACAGGCAUAUCACCACUCGACACAACUGUUCAUCCCAAAUCAGAACCAAAAGUUGGAAGUACGUGGGAAGAGUUGGAUAAACUGCGGAUCGAUUUGGAUAGUCUAGCGCGACCAAAUAAGAUUGAUCCUCGGGCCCACGCCGGACCAAGUCUGCGUCAACUUCAGCAACAAAAGUCACCACCACUAUCUCCCCCUUCACACAGUCAGUUUCCUCUGAGACCUCAAGCAGCUCUAGCAGGUAUCACCACACUCAUCUGUCCAGUUCUUGUUUAUGUUGUUUCACUAAAGUAA